AUGUCUCUCGACGAGCAAUUCCAAAAAGUCGCUGAAUCCGUCAGGAACUGGAAGACCAAGCCCAGUGACAACGAUAACCUCGCGCUCUACUCCCUGUACAAACAGGCCACCAUCGGCGAUGUUAACAUUGCUGAGCCCAGCGGGUUGGUGGCUGGCGCCAAAUUCAAGGCGUGGACUGGUCGCAAAGGCAUCUCACAAGAUGAUGCCAAGAAACAGUACAUCGAAAUGGCUGAAAAACUCCAGUCAAAAUACGCU